UGCGCAGAGGCGGGGGGCGAUGGCGAGACGGCCGCUGUGUUGGGGUCUCGGGGGACCGUCGACCCCGCUGCUCGUGCUGCUUCUCCUCUCUUUGUUCCCCCUUAGCCAGGAGGAGCUUGGGGGCGGCAGGGACCAGGGCUGGGACCCGGGGGUACCUGCUGCUGCGGGGUGGAGGGCGCAGAUCGGCGGCAGAGCCUUAGCCCUUUGUCCCCAGCCGCCUAAGUCCGGGGAGGAGAGGCCCGGCCUGCGAGUUGGGAAGCCCGUCAUCACAGGGCUCCGAGGGGGACAGCAGCGCGCCUGGGCUGGGCGAGGGUGCCCCGAGCAGUCAGACACAGAUCUGGAGGUGCAGGUGCAGGCAUCGGGCAGGCGCGAGCGAGAGACGGGGCAGGGCCUAGGGUCUCUGCUAUGCUGGCGCCCAGAGUUGUCCUGUGGGGAGACAGGGACUUUCCGAAGAGGCAGUCUGUCGCUAGAGGCUCUGUCCCCAGGGGGCCCGGGUCUGGGGAGCACGUUGCCCCUUCCUUCGGACCUUCUGGCUCAGUCUGAUGGUUCCCAGCCAGCGUCCUUCCAUCGUCACGCUAGGAGAAGCUCCCGCAAAAGAGUGGGCACCGUGCGCUGCUGUGGGGAAGUGUGGGCACCGGGGCGCAGGAGUCAGGGCGAGAGAGCGGCCACCGCCCCAGAGGACAGGACGUUUCCUCGGCGGAGCUGUCUUCCUGCGGUCGGGGGGUCUUGCCAUAGUUUAGGUUCAGCACCACGCAAGGUGAGGACAGCUCAAAAGCCAGGUUCAGCACCCGGCGAGUCGCGGACAGCUCCCGAGCGCAUGCGCCCCGGCAGUGCCUUCCGCCGCCGCUUCCUUCCACAGCGUCCCGGGCCGCGGCCGCCUGGGCCGCCCGUGCCGCAAGCCAGUCCUGAAGCAUGGAGAACAGCCUCCGCGAACCGAGCGCGCUCCCGUCGCGCCGCAAACCGCCACCCGCAGUUCCCGCAGUACAACUACCAGACCCUGGUGCCUGAGAACGAGGUGGCGGGCACCUCGGUGCUGCGCGUGGUGGCACAGGACCCGGACUCUGGUGAAGCCGGGCGUCUGGUCUAUUCGCUGGCAGCGCUCAUGAACAGCCGCUCACUGGAGCUGUUCAGCAUCGACCCGCACAGCGGCCUUAUCCGCACAGCCGCCGCUCUGGACCGCGAGAGUAUGGAGCGCCACUACCUGCGAGUGACGGCGCAGGACCACGGCUUGCCGCGCCUCUCGGCCACCACCAUGGUAGCUGUCACCGUGGCUGACCGCAAUGACCACUCACCGGUGUUUGAGCAGGCGCAGUACCGGGAGACCCUUCGGGAGAACGUGGAAGAGGGCUAUCCCAUCCUGCAGUUGCGCGCCACGGACGGCGAUGCACCCCCCAACGCCAACCUGCACUACCGCUUCGUGGGGCCACCAGCUGCUCGCACGGCAGCUGCUGCUGCCUUUGAGAUUGAUCCGCGCUCUGGCCUCAUCAGCACCAGUGGUCGCGUGGACCGUGAGCACAUGGAAAGCUAUGAGCUGGUGGUGGAGGCCAGUGACCAGGGUCAGGAACCCGGGCCACGUUCGGCCACCGUGCGUGUACAUAUUACUGUGCUGGACGAGAACGACAACGCGCCCCAGUUCAGCGAGAAACGCUAUGUGGCGCAGGUGCGUGAAGAUGUGCGUCCCCACACCAUGGUACUGCGCGUCACGGCCACAGACCGCGAUAAGGACGCCAAUGGUUUGGUGCACUACAACAUCAUCAGUGGCAACAGCCGUGGCCAUUUUGCCAUCGACAGCCUCACGGGUGAGAUACAGGUAGUGGCCCCUCUGGACUUCGAGGCAGAGAGAGAGUAUGCCUUACGCAUCCGGGCGCAGGAUGCAGGCCGGCCCCCGCUGUCCAACAACACCGGCCUGGCCAGCAUCCAGGUGGUAGAUAUCAACGACCAUACCCCUAUCUUCGUCAGCACACCCUUCCAGGUCUCUGUUCUGGAAAAUGCACCCCUGGGCCACUCAGUCAUCCACAUUCAGGCAGUGGAUGCAGACCAUGGGGAGAACGCCAGGUUGGAGUACUCCCUAACUGGUGUGGCACCUGACACGCCCUUUGUGAUAAACAGUGCCACUGGCUGGGUGUCUGUGAGUGGUUCCCUGGACCGUGAGUCUGUGGAACAUUACUUCUUCGGUGUGGAGGCCCGAGAUCAUGGCUCUCCCCCACUCUCCGCCUCAGCCAGUGUCACAGUGACUGUGCUAGAUGUUAAUGACAAUCGGCCUGAAUUCACCAUGAAAGAGUACCACCUUCGGCUGAAUGAGGACGCGGCUGUGGGUACCAGUGUGGUCAGCGUGACUGCUGUAGAUCGUGAUGCCAACAGUGCCAUCAGCUACCAGAUCACGGGUGGUAAUACCCGGAAUCGAUUUGCCAUCAGCACCCAGGGGGGUGUGGGUCUGGUGACGCUGGCUCUGCCACUGGAUUACAAGCAGGAACGCUACUUCAAGCUGGUACUUACUGCCUCUGACCGUGCUCUUCAGGAUCACUGCUAUGUGCACAUCAACAUCACAGAUGCCAAUACUCACCGGCCUGUCUUUCAGAGCGCUCACUACUCGGUCAGCAUGAAUGAGGAUCGGCCAGUGGGUAGCACUGUAGUGGUCAUCAGUGCCUCUGAUGAUGACGUAGGUGAAAAUGCUCGUAUCACCUACCUCCUGGAGGACAACCUGCCUCAGUUCCGUAUUGAUGCAGACUCAGGGGCUAUUACCCUGCAGGCUCCACUGGACUAUGAGGAUCAGGUGACCUACACACUAGCCAUUACUGCACGGGACAACGGCAUCCCACAGAAGGCAGAUACCACUUACGUGGAGGUGAUGGUCAAUGAUGUGAAUGACAAUGCUCCACAGUUUGUGGCCUCUCACUACACAGGCUUGGUCUCUGAGGAUGCUCCACCUUUCACUAGUGUCCUGCAGAUCUCAGCCACUGACCGGGACGCUCAUGCCAAUGGCCGGGUCCAGUACACAUUCCAGAACGGAGAAGACGGGGAUGGAGAUUUUACCAUUGAGCCCACCUCUGGUAUAGUCCGGACUGUGAGGCGGCUGGACAGGGAGGCAGUGCCAGUAUACGAGUUGACCGCCUAUGCGGUGGAUCGCGGGGUGCCCCCGCUUCGGACUCCAGUCAGUAUUCAGGUGACAGUGCAAGACGUGAAUGACAAUGCGCCUGUCUUCCCAGCGGAGGAGUUUGAAAUAAGGGUAAAGGAGAACAGCAUUGUGGGCUCGGUGGUGGCUCAGAUCACUGCAGUGGACCCUGACGAAGGCCCUAAUGCCCACAUAAUGUAUCAGAUUGUAGAGGGGAACAUCCCUGAGCUGUUCCAGAUGGACAUCUUCUCUGGAGAGCUGACAGCACUCAUUGAUCUGGACUACGAGGCUCGCCAGGAAUAUGUGAUUGUGGUGCAGGCCACUUCUGCCCCUCUGGUCAGUCGGGCCACUGUGCAUGUCCGCCUGGUUGACCAGAAUGACAACAGCCCUGUGCUCAACAACUUCCAGAUCCUCUUCAACAACUAUGUAUCCAACCGCUCAGAUACCUUCCCCUCAGGCGUUAUUGGGCGCAUCCCAGCCUAUGACCCCGAUGUCUCUGACCACCUCUUCUAUUCCUUUGAGCGUGGCAAUGAGUUGCAGCUGCUGAUGGUCAACCAGACCAGCGGGGAGCUGCGACUUAGUCGAAAGCUAGACAACAACCGCCCACUAGUGGCCUCCAUGCUGGUGACUGUCACAGAUGGCCUGCACAGUGUGACCGCGCAGUGUGUGCUGCGCGUGGUCAUCAUCACGGAGGAGCUGCUCGCCAACAGCCUGACUGUGCGCCUGGAGAACAUGUGGCAGGAGCGCUUCCUGUCCCCGCUGCUGGGCCACUUUCUCGAAGGCGUGGCCGCCGUGCUCGCCACACCCACCGAGGACGUCUUCAUCUUCAACAUCCAGAACGACACGGACGUGGGCGGCACCGUGCUCAACGUGAGUUUCUCGGCGCUGGCCCCGCGGGGCGCGGGCGCGGGCGCUGCGGCGCCCUGGUUCAGCUCGGAGGAGCUGCAGGAGCAGCUGUACGUGCGCCGCGCCGCGCUGGCCGCCCGCUCCCUGCUGGACGUGCUGCCCUUCGACGACAACGUGUGCCUGCGCGAGCCCUGCGAGAACUACAUGAAGUGCGUGUCGGUGCUGCGCUUCGACUCCUCCGCGCCCUUCCUGGCCUCGGCCUCCACGCUCUUCCGGCCCAUCCAGCCCAUCGCCGGCCUGCGCUGCCGCUGCCCACCCGGCUUCACCGGCGACUUCUGUGAGACCGAGCUCGACCUCUGCUACUCUAACCCGUGCCGGAACGGCGGCGCCUGCGCACGGCGCGAGGGCGGCUACACCUGCGUCUGCCGCCCUCGCUUCACUGGAGAGGACUGUGAGCUGGACACUGAGGCCGGACGCUGCGUGCCUGGCAUCUGCCGCAAUGGCGGGACCUGCACUGAUGCGCCCCACGGUGGCUUCCGCUGCCAGUGCCCUGCGGGUGGUGCCUUCGAGGGCCCGCGCUGCGAGGUGGCGGCCCGCUCCUUCCCACCGCGCUCCUUCGUCAUGUUCCGGGGCCUGCGGCAGCGCUUCCACCUCACGCUCUCCCUCUCGUUUGCAACCGUGCAGCCCAGCGGGCUACUUUUCUACAACGGGCGCCUGAAUGAGAAGCAUGAUUUUCUGGCCCUGGAGCUAGUGGCUGGCCAAGUGCGGCUCACGUAUUCCACUGGCGAGUCCAACACGGUGGUCAGCCCCACGGUUCCAGGGGGCCUGAGUGACGGGAAGUGGCAUACGGUACACCUGAGAUACUACAACAAGCCCCGGACAGAUGCCCUAGGGGGUGCCCAGGGCCCCUCCAAAGACAAGGUGGCUGUGCUGAGCGUGGAUGACUGCAAUGUGGCGGUGGCUCUGCAGUUUGGUGCUGAGAUUGGCAACUAUUCAUGCGCAGCUGCUGGUGUGCAAACAAGCUCCAAGAAGUCCCUAGACCUGACGGGCCCUCUGCUUCUGGGAGGUGUCCCCAACCUCCCCGAGAACUUCCCCGUGUCUCACAAGGACUUCAUCGGCUGUAUGCGAGAUCUGCACAUCGACGGCCGCAGAGUGGACAUGGCGGCCUUCGUUGCAAACAAUGGCACCUUGGCAGGCUGCCAGGCCAAGCUGCACUUCUGUGACUCAGGCCCCUGCAAGAACAAUGGCCUCUGCUCAGAGCGCUGGGGUGGCUUCAGCUGUGACUGCCCUGUGGGCUUCGGAGGCAGAGACUGUCGGCUGACCAUGGCCGAUCCCUACCACUUCCGUGGCAACGGUACACUGAGCUGGGACUUUGGAGGUAGCAUGGCUGUGUCGGUGCCAUGGUACCUGGGGCUGGCAUUUCGGACGCGGGCGAUGCAGGGGGUCCUGAUGCAAGUGCAGGUUGGGCCACACAGCACCCUCCUCUGCCAGCUGGAUCAGGGGUUGCUGUCAGUGACGGUGACCAGGGGCUCCAGCCGUGCUGCCCACCUCCUGCUGGACCAGGUGACUGUCAGUGAUGGCCAGUGGCAUGAUCUGCGGCUGGAAUUGCAGGAGGAGCCAGGUGGCCGGCGGGGCCACCAUGUCUUCAUGGUCACACUGGACUUCAGCCUCUUGCAGGACACCAUGGCAGUGGGGACGGAGCUGCACGGCCUGCAGGUAAAGCAGCUCCACGUGGGAGGCCUGCCGCCCAGCAGUAAGGAGGAGGCUCCUCAGGGUUUGGUUGGCUGUGUCCAGGGUGUGUGGCUUGGCUCUGCACCCUUGGGGUCCCCAGCCCUGCUGCCCCCUAGCCACCAAGUGAACGUGGAGCCUGGCUGCGUCGUGACCAACGCCUGUGCCUCUGCGCCCUGCCCACCCCAUGCUGACUGCCAGGACCUCUGGCAGACCUUCACCUGCACCUGCCAGCCAGGUUACUACGGCCCGGGCUGUGUGGACGUCUGUCUCUUGAACCCCUGUCAGAACCAGGGGUCGUGCCGGCACCUGCCAGGAGCCCCCCACGGCUAUACCUGUGACUGCCUAGGUGGUUAUUUUGGGCAUCACUGUGAGCACAGGAUGGACCAGCAGUGUCCCCGAGGCUGGUGGGGGAGCCCAACCUGUGGCCCCUGCAACUGUGAUGUUCACAAGGGCUUUGACCCCAACUGCAACAAGACAAAUGGGCAGUGUUACUGCAAGGAGUUCCACUACCGACCACGGGGCAGUGACUCCUGCCUCCCCUGUGACUGCUACCCCGUGGGCUCCACCUCGCGCUCAUGUGCACCCCACAGCGGGCAGUGUCCCUGCCGCCCAGGAGCCCUUGGCCGCCAGUGCAACAGCUGUGAUAGUCCCUUUGCGGAGGUGACCGCCAGCGGCUGCCGAGUGCUCUAUGAUGCCUGCCCCAAGUCCCUGAAAUCUGGUGUGUGGUGGCCCCAGACCAAGUUUGGUGUCUUGGCCACGGUUCCUUGUCCCCGGGGGGCCCAAGGAUUGCGGGGUGCAGGUGCUGCUGUGCGACUCUGUGACGAGGACCAGGGCUGGCUGGAACCUGACCUCUUCAACUGUACCUCCCCUAUCUUCCGAGAGCUCAGCCUGCUGCUGGAUGGCCUAGAGCAGAACAAGACCGCACUGGACACCCUGGAAGCCAAGAAGCUGGCCCAGCGGCUGCGGGAGGUGACUGGCCACACUGACUACUACUUCAGCCAGGAUGUCCGGGUGACCGCCCGCCUGCUGGCCUACCUGCUGGCCUUUGAGAACCACCAGCAGGGCUUCGGGCUGACAGCUACACAGGAUGCCCACUUCAACGAGAACCUGCUGUGGGCCGGCUCGGCACUGCUUGCUCCAGAGACGGGGGACCUGUGGGCAGCACUCGGGCAGCGGGCCCCUGAGGGCGCCCUGGGCAGCGCGGGGCUGGUGCAGCACCUGGAGGACUACGCGGCCACCCUCGCAAGAAAUAUGGAGCUCACAUACCUGAACCCCGUGGGACUGGUGACGCCCAAUAUCAUGUUCAGCAUUGACCGUGUGGAGCACCCCAGCUCCACGCAAGCCACCCGUCGCUAUCCCCGCUACCACAGCAACCUUUUUCGGGGCCAGGAUGCCUGGGAUCCUCACACGCACGUGCUGCUGCCUUCCCAGUCCCCCCGGCCAUCCUCCUCUGCAGUUCUGCCCACAGGCAGCAGCUUGGAGAACUCUACCUCCUCGAGCGCGGUCCCUCCGCCAGCACCCCCGGAGCCGCAGCCUGAGUCUUCAGUCUCCAUCGUCAUUCUCCUCGUGUACCGCACCUUGGGGGGCCUUCUCCCCGCCCAGUUCCAGGCUGAGCGCCGGGGCGCCAGGCUUCCCCAGAACCCCGUCAUGAACUCCCCGGUGGUCAGCGUGGCCGUGUUUCAUGGACACAACUUCCUAAGGGGUGUCCUGGAGUCCCCGAUCAGCCUUGAGUUCCACCUGCUGCAGACGGCGAAUCGGAGCAAGGCGAUCUGUGUGCAGUGGGACCCGCCCGGCCCGGAGGACCAGCACGGGGUGUGGACAGCACGGGACUGUGAGCUGGUGCACAGGAAUGGGUCCCAUGCGCGGUGUCGCUGCAGCCGGACCGGCACUUUCGGGGUCCUCAUGGAUGCCUCGCCCCGUGAGCGGCUGGAGGGCGACCUGGAGCUGCUGGCCGUGUUCACCCACGUGGUCAUGGCAGUGUCGGUGGCUGCCCUGGUGCUGACUGCCGCGGUCCUCCUGAGCCUGCGCAGCCUCAAGUCCAAUGUGCGUGGGAUCCAUGCCAACGUGGCGGCUGCUCUGGGGGUGGCAGAGCUGCUCUUCCUGCUGGGGAUCCACAGGACCCACAACCAGCUCCUGUGCACUGUGGUCGCCAUCCUCCUGCACUACUUCUUCCUCAGCACCUUUGCGUGGCUCCUGGUGCAGGGCCUGCACCUCUACCGCAUGCAGGUUGAGCCACGCAACGUGGACCGCGGCGCCAUGCGCUUCUACCAUGCCCUGGGCUGGGGCGUCCCUGCUGUGCUGCUGGGCCUUGCUGUUGGCCUGGACCCCGAGGGCUAUGGGAACCCUGACUUCUGCUGGAUCUCCAUCCACGAUCCCCUCGUCUGGAGUUUUGCCAGCCCCGUGGUCCUUGUGAUAGUGAUGAACGGGGCUAUGUUUCUCCUUGCUGCCCGCACCUCCUGCUCCACUGGGCAGAGGGAGGCCAAGAAGACCCCUGUGCUGACCCUCCGCAGCUCCUUUCUGCUGCUUCUGCUGGUCAGUGCCUCCUGGCUCUUUGGCCUCCUUGCCGUCAACCACAGCAUCCUGGCCUUCCACUACCUCCACGCUGGCCUCUGUGGCCUCCAGGGCCUGGCGGUGCUGCUGCUCUUUUGUGUCCUGAACGCAGAUGCCCGGGCUGCCUGGACACCUGCCUGUCUGGGCAGGAAGGCAGCGCCCGAGGAGACGAGGCCAGCCCCUGGGACGGGGCCUGGGGCCUACAACAACACAGCCCUCUUCGAAGAGAGCGGCCUCAUUCGCAUCACUCUUGGUGCCUCCACCGUCUCCUCAGUGAGCAGUGCUCGCUCCGGCCGGACCCAGGACCAGGACAGCCAGCGGGGCCGCAGCUACCUCAGGGACAAUGUCCUGGUUCGACAUGGCUCGGCUGCUGACCACACCGACCACAGCCUCCAGGCUCACGCUGGCCCCACUGACCUGGAUGUGGCCAUGUUCCAUCGGGAUGCUGGCGCAGACUCCGACUCUGACAGUGACCUCUCCCUGGAGGAGGAGAGGAGCCUGUCCAUCCCGUCUUCCGAAAGCGAGGACAAUGGCCGGGCACGAGGGCGUUUCCAGCGUCCCCUCUGCAGAGCAGCUCAGAGUGAGAGGCUCCUCACUCACCCCAAAGAUGUGGAUGGCAACGACCUCCUGUCCUACUGGCCAGCUCUGGGGGAGUGCGAAGCAGGGCCCUGUGUGCUGCAGACCUGGGGCUCUGAGAGGCGCCUGGGGCUGGACACCAGCAAAGACGCAGCCAACAACAACCAGCCAGACCUGGCCCUGACCAGUGGGGAUGAAACCUCCUUGGGCCGCGCCCAGCACCAGAGGAAAGGCAUCCUGAAGAACCGACUGCAGUACCCUUUGGUGCCCCAGACCCGAGGUGCUCCUGAGCUGUCCUGGUGCCGUGCGGCCACCUUGGGUCACCGUGCCGUGCCAGCCGCCUCCUACGGUCGCAUCUAUGCUGGUGGGGGCACAGGCAGCCUUUCGCAGCCAGCCAGUCGCUACUCCUCUCGCGAACAGCUGGAUGUGCUCUUGCGGCGGCAGCUGAGCCGGGAGCAGCUGGAGGAGCUCCCUGCCCCUGUUCUGCGCCCCCUGAGCCGGCCAGGGUCCCAGGAAUGCCUGGAUGCUGCACCAGGCCGCCCGGAGCCCAGAGACCGGGGCAGCACCCUGCCACGGAGGCAGCCACCCCGGGACUACCCUGCUGUCAUGGCUGGCCGCUUUGGGUCGCGGGACACGCUGGACUUAGGGGCACCGCGGGAGUGGCUGAACACACUGCCCCCUGCCCGCCGGAUCCGGGACCUUGACCCUCAGCACCCGCCAAUGCCCCUGCCUCCCCAGCGGCAGCUCUCAAGGGACCCGCUCUUGCCAUCCCGGCCCCUGGACCCUCUGUCUAGGAGCUCGAACUCUCGGGAGCAGCUGGCACAGGGGCCUAGUCAGCACCCCUCACGAGAGGCCCUUGGCCCACCCCCACCGCUGCUCAGAGCGAGGGAGGACCCGGCCAGCGGCCCCAGCCACGGCCCCUCCACAGAGCAGCUGGACAUUCUCUCCUCCAUCCUCGCCUCCUUCACCUCCUCAGCCCUGUCCUCUGUGCAGUCCUCAAGCACACCCUCGGGCCCUCACACCACUGCCACGGCGUCUGCCACCGCCUCUGCCCUUGGGCCCUCCACGCCUCGCUCCGCCACAUCCCACAGCAUCUCCGAGCUGUCGCCAGAUUCAGAGGUUCCCAGGAGUGAGGGUCACUCCUGAGGGGCGGAGGUGCAGCCGAGGAGCGGCGGGCUGAUGGAAGAUUCGGGCCGAGUGAGGAGAUUUCACCAGUCACCGGCUGACCCCAGGGCGGCCUCCCGGGAGCCCCCUCGGCUCUCCACUGCUGCGAGGAGUUCCAUGUGCAUCUGUGAACAUGCAUGUGACAGGUGCCGGGUGGGGGCUGAAGGGAGGGCUUUUAUACCUUUUGUACCUUUGUAACCAGAGAGAUAUGCUUAUGUUAUUUUUCAGCUUUUCUGUUGGGUGGGGAGGGUCUGACGCUGGGCUGGGAGGGAGAAGGGGUCAGAGAAAGAGAGAGAGAGGCAGAGCUUGGCCUCAUUUGGGUCGCUGGAAAACCAUGUUUUCUCUCAUCUUACUAGGGUAGAGCCAGCAGGUGGGACACAGGCCCUCUUCCCCUGCCCCAGCCCUAGGUUGAGCUGAAGGUUGUCAGGGCUCAAAGUCCAGAAUGGAUCUUUGCUUUUUCUAGAAUGCCCUGCAGAAAGCUGUGGGGCUGUGGGUGGGUCUUGGAAACAGGGGUCCUCCGAUCCCUCACGGGGGCUUGCUCACCCCACGCCUCCCCGUGGAUGCCUGUGUGUUAUGGGGAGUCCCUGCCACGUGCUGCCUUAUACCUAGGACGGAUGCUGUGGGUGCUGGCGGAGCAGCAGAUGUCAUGUUUACAGAGCAAGGCUUCCCUUCCGCCUGGGGAGGCUCGGGCCUCUACUCAGACACUCCUGCAGGGGGUAGGUGCAGGGGGUUGCUAGCGUGCCCCUGCCUGAGCAAAAGCCUAUGGUGCCAUUGAUUCCCUGACACAUUCCCGGAGGCGGGCACGUGGGUGAGCAAAGGGAGCGGAAAUAAGGGAAUCCAAGACCCCGAAUGUAGGUGCCGCUGCCUCCCAUGUUUACAGGGUCCUCCCCGGCCCUAGGCACGCGGGCUGCAGACAUGA